GCCUGUUAUGCAACAUGUCCUCUCAGUGGAUGGAUUAGCAAGGACGGAAGAGGCAGUAGAGGAAACAUGCCACUUCCGGUUUCCCAACCGCCUCCUCCAAAACAUGGCGGCCUCCAUGACGCUACGAAGAAAAUUUUGCUCCCUAACAAGGAUAUUGAGUGGAAUAUCACGUUCGGGACCACCCGUUCUGGGCUCUUGUGCAGCCCCUAAGAAAUGCUUUGCAAUGCGGUCUCCACUCCCUUUGACCCAAGGCCCAUUCUUCCACACAGCAGCAGCACUGUCAUCAACAGUGUCACCAAUCACCAUCACAGAACAGCCGGACACACUUUUCCAGAAGGUGACAGUGUUGGUUAAAGGUCAUGAUCGUGCCGUCUUGGAUAGCUACGAGUACUUUGCUACCAUGGCGGCAAAAGAGCUGGACAUUACCGUCAGCAACGUCUUUGAGCCCCCCAAGGACAUAGAGAGGCUUACAGUCCUGAAGUCAGUUCACAUCUUUAAAAAACACAGGGUUCAGUAUGAGAUGAGGACACACUACAGAUGCAUUGAGUUGGCUCAUCUAACAGGCUCCACGGCACGGGUGUAUCUGGAGUACAUCCAGCGGAACCUUCCCGAAAGCGUAGCCAUGCAGGUGACAAAGGUUGCUAUGGAGAAAGUUCCGGAUCAUAUCACUGAACCCAUGUGGAAAGAUGAGCCCACGGAGGAAGCUCAGAAGCCCAGCCAAUAGUAUACAUAGUUACUGUGUCAGUGUAUGUUUUUUUUAAUAAUAAAACCUUCAAAUUUUGACUGUCUUAUUUAAAAAUAAA